AGUGAUACCCGGAAAUAAAGGCGGAGCUCUACAGUUUUUCUCCUCCUUGCGCCAGACAGACCAGACAAACGGACAACAUGGAUCCGAACACGACGAUUCUGCGAGUCAAGAGAAAAAGGGGGACCGACCCCGCAGAUGCGUUGUUGCUGGCGUGUAAACGUAUCCGGCCGGAGACGGCCCAGAGCUCAGGUGAAGCGGUACCGGAGCCAAAUGAAGCCGAGGUGGAGAACUCUGUCUUCAAACUCGUGGCGACCGUAGCGACACAGGAUGCUCCAGUUCGGACGCAGGUGCGACAGGCGUUGGCUCGGCCUCGCGUGGCCCACGCACUGCGCCCCUCCGCCUCCAGCUCUCAACGGAUCACGGGGGACCUGCGCAGCACCAAGUGGAGCACGCGAAGGGAGGAACGUUACAGAAUACUGUCCAGCCACCGUUCAGGCCUGUCGAGUCCGGUCGAGCAGCCGACCCCCCAGACAGACGCUUCUGAGAGCGCAGGGGAGACUGGGGGAGACCAAGACAAAUGUUUGGUUCUUGGUGCAAUCCAGGUGGUGGAUCUCCUUCAUGAGGACGCAGAGGACAAGGACAAGUCGUCCAGCAAGACGCUGUCCUCAGACCCGGAAAUGAUCCUGUGUAACAGCACCAAGAUGCUGCGGGAGCGCCUGAGCAUAACCGGAGAGGGGCUGGGGGGGGAGCACCGGGAGCAGGGCGACGACUACGUCUACGACCUUUACUACCAGGAGACGGUCACGCCGGGCUGGAUCCAGGACAUCCUGUCCGUCAGGGCCUACGCCGACGAGGGAGAACUGGUGCCUGACCUUGUGGUUCAUGAAGAGGUUUAUGAAGACGAGGAUGACGAAAACGAGGAAGGCAACUGGAGGAAUGACUACCCUGAUGAGGACAGUGAUGCAGACGGUGACGGAGAGGAGCGCUACGGUGGUUACUGGGAGGAGGAGCACUCGUACAGCCGGAGGAGCUGGGGCUGCUACCAGAGGGAAGUGCUGCAUGACCUGAGCCGCUGUGGUGAAGACGACAAGGAGGACGACGACGACGGAGACAAAUAUAAUUCAGAUUGAUCCGUCCGUUUCACCCCCACCUGUCUUCCCAAUGCCCUCCCCACAGAUAACGGCAUGCUUCCUAGACCUCUGUGUGGGCGACCGUGGAGGGAGAACAACUGCUCGAGUUGCACACAAAAUGAAUCUCACCUUAAAGCGCAGCAACUCAUCAGAUUUAAGGAAUGUUGCGAGUUUAAUUGACUGACUGUACUUAAAGGAAUAUUUCCCCACAAAAUAACCAUUUGUAUAUCAACUACUCUCACUGCGUUACCUUUAAUUCUUGAGGAAGAACUCGCCAUGAAAGUUUCUUCAAGAAUUCGAUGGUCAUUUUGUGGGCGACGCGUUCCUUUAAGUCAACUCAAAACUACAUAAAUGAAGGCUAGGUUUUCCUUUGUCAGAGUAACAAAGCUUGUCAACCACCAAUGGUCCAGCUAGCUGCAUCCAUCCAUCCCGAGCUCUCCCACACAGCUGGUGAAGGAGUAGCUGUUAUUUCCACAAAGAUCCAGAGUGUCUUUUUCUUUUUCUUUUUUUUUUUUUUUUUUUCUUUUUUUUUUUUUUUAAAUUGUGGUGGAGUGAAUUUGUGUGUGGGUGUUUGUUCAAUGUGGACGUGUGUUUAAAAAAUGUUGCACAUUAGCGUGAUAUGUCUUGUAUGCUUUGUGCUGUUAACACUUCCGUCAGUGAGACGUCUCGGGCCGCGUGUGGUUGCAAUUUAGGCUGCAUUUUGUGCAUGGCUGUGUGUGCGUGUGUGUGCGUGUGCGUGUGCGCGUGUGUGUUAGAUUUUUGGCACAAUGUGAAAGCGUGACGCAUUGUUUUUGUUGUGGGUGUGCGAGUUUGGUUCCCUCCCCUCUUUGAAGUUCUUGGAUGCUUGGUGAGUUUAACUUUUUGUAAAUAUGUAGAUGUGUAUAAAAAGAAAGCUUUCAAAAUAAACUUUAAAUAUGUC